AUGUCCUUUCAACCAAACCCCAGACCAAUCUUCACAGGCCACAGGCCCCCUCGCUUGUAUACGGAGCUCAGAGUCGGUAGUGGCCGCGUAAUCCCCACAGAAUUCAAACCUCCAAACCCAGGUGACACGCCACAGUCAUUGUUCCCCCAUUGCACUAAAGUGACAAUGGCAGAGCGAAUCCAUCGAUUCAUUCGCGUCACUCCCAACAACCGAUCCGUCGAGAACGAAUUCCUCAUCUACACAGACGGUGCGUGUUAUGAGAACGGCAGAAUAAACGCCAGAGCAGGCUGUUCGUUUGUUUUCAACGAUUCUACAUCUGGUUUCGCACGUUUCGCUCUCGAGUACAAAGGACCCACUGGUCAACAGCACACGCAGACAAACAACCGCGCCGAACUCCGCGCUGUUAUUGGAGCGCUGCGAUAUCGAGACUGGGCGGCGGAAGGAUUCACUCGUUUGGUUAUUGCAACCGAUUCAGAAUAUGUGGUCGAAGGUAUCACGAGCUGGAUAUGGGAUUGGCUACGGUGGAAUUGGGUCACAACUGCCGGGGAACCAGUCAGGAAUCGGGAUCUUUGGGAGUGUCUUCUCGGUGAGGUGGAGAUGUGGCAGGAGAGGGGGUUGACUGUCCAGUUCUGGCGGAUUCCGAGAGAGUUGAAUAUGAAGGCGGAUCGUCAUGCUAAAUCGGCUGCUCUUAUGGAGAGACAUGUUCUGUUUACCGAUAUCCCUGGUGUCGUCUAG